UUUUUUUAAUAAAUAAAUAAAUUAAGUACAUGUUUUUCUGAAAAUAAUAAUUGUAUAAUUGUAAUGCUAUCGUGAUAAUAAACUUCUGGAAAGAGAAAGAGCGCAAGAUUCGGGUGCAAAAGGUGCAAAUAACACGAACGAAUUAUCUGGCGUCGUUGCCAAACUCGGCGGAGGAGCAACGUUUCCUAACCUCGACAUUGACUUAAUUAAUUUUGGAAAGCGGUGUCACAUAAUUUUAUAAUUGCGAAUUUUGUAUUUCAUACGCAUCAAAAUGUCUUACAUGCUAUCACAUUUGGAAAAUGGAUAUCAAGUCGAUCAAGCCAUUUUAUCUGAGGAGGACAGAGUCGUGGUGAUUCGCUUUGGGCAUGAUUGGGAUCCGAUGUGUAUGAAAAUGGACGAGGUGCUUUACAAUAUCGCAGAGAAGGUCAAGAACUUCGCUGUUAUUUAUUUGGUAGACAUUACAAAAGUACCAGAUUUCAAUAAAAUGUAUGAAUUAUAUGAUCCAUGUACAGUAAUGUUCUUCUUCAGAAACAAACAUAUUAUGAUAGAUUUAGGUACAGGAAACAAUAAUAAAAUAAAUUGGACAUUGGAGGACAAACAAGAAAUGAUUGACAUUAUUGAAACAGUUUAUAGAGGUGCAAGAAAAGGUCGAGGUUUAGUUGUUUCUCCUAAAGAUUAUUCAACUAAAUAUCGAUAUUAAUUUUUUUGUAAAACAAAUUUCUUUUAUUUUGAAGAAAGCUAUUAAUGUUGUACUUAUUUAAAAAACAUUACAUGAAAGAAAAAUUAAAUUUAAUUUGAAUUGAACAAUUCGCUGUAAACUCGAAUUUGUAUUGCGUUUAUCUUAAAAAUAAAUGUAAAGGUGUACAAAAAA